GAUAAUUAAGUAAAAUUAUAAGAAUGAAUCCUAUUAACACUAAACUUAAACUAGUAUACAUCAUUGAAAUUAAACCAAUAAAGGAAACCAUUUCAAAAUAUGGGACUAACAUUGAAUAUCUUCUUUACAUCAUAGUAAUACCCAAAAAAUUUAUUUAGCUAACGUGACACUUCAUAAGUCAUCCAAACUGGCCAUAUUUGACGAUUAAAUAGUAUGUAUGUUACCUAAAUAAACUAUACUAUUAUAGCUAAAAUGCUUAAAAAUAUUGAAGGUUCAUCAUUCUUUAACAAUAACUCUGUGACUUUGAAAUAAGUUAAUUUUAUUUCAUUUAAUAGCCU